UAACCUUAUCUCGGUGAAAGUGUUGUGACAUUCGAGCGGUCGAGGAAUUUCCUUUCGUUGGCUCCGGACCGUGACUGCUGCCAGUGGUAGGAUCAGUUUUUCAGUGAUAUUUUCCGGAACUUCCCGUGUCCAGGGGCAGCGAAGUGUAUAGCGUCAAUCAAGUGAACACUUGAGAGAUUGUUUUUGAGGUUAGUGCAACCGGCUAAUUGCACCGUUAAUUGUGUGACUAUCGACGACAUCGACGACGACGGUCAACGAAUCCCGGGCGGAAAGGUGUAAGAGGAAUAUACACGAGCAACCGAAGGGACGACUUUAGCCAGAUUAACCGGUCUGGUGAGAUUGAUUUUCGAACAAGAGUAGAAAGUACAAGAAUAAAAAAAAGAUAUACAGUCUCCAACGUCUCCGUCGAGCAUUCCUGCAAGUCAUUUACAUCCCACCCGGCCCGGACUCCUAGGACUAGGAGAGCAAAAACCAAACUAGACAGGAUGGUUUCCACCAGUGCGACCUCGAGGCAGCUUCUACUGAUUUUAGCGAUGCUGCUGUGUGUAGUCAGAUUAACCUCAGGACGACCACAAAACGCAAUCGACAAUCAGGAUGCCCCGGAGAUAAAUCUGAGCGAACUACGAAAACUGUACACCAACUACAAUCCCUACAGCGUUAAUCAGGGCCUGGAUGACUACGGACUGGAUCGGUUACAGCUGCAGCUUCUGGCUCAGUAUGCACAGAGCAAUGCCAUCGGUAGCGGAGGCGGCUGGGAUCAGCUCUACCGGGCCCCGGAAAUGAAACGCCAGAUCCGAUAUCGCCAGUGUUAUUUCAACCCCAUCUCCUGUUUCAAGAAGUAAACUGUUUUGGUUAUGUUUAUCCGAUUUUUCGAUUGUUGAGCCCGUUUUAACUGUUUGAAUUCGCAUCACCCCCCGAGCAACUUUAGUUGCUUUUUUUUGGUACAUUGCGGCAGUAAUGCUGAUUAGUAAGCCCCAUGGAUUAAAACAACUCAUAAAAUAGAAAGAAGCAAAGCAAAGCAAAAACAUAAGCCAGGUUGCUGAAGAGGACCAACCAACUAACACCUUCAAUGUGCGAUCUUCUCCAACAAUUUUACACAGAUGCUGUCAAUAUUAACACAUUAUAAUCAUACGAAACAUGAAGAUAAAUCAAAUAUUCUAAGCAAGUGAUUUGCAGCCCAGGAGACAAGUUUGCCGUUUCUCUUUGAGCGAGUAAUGCAGGAAGGUUUUCUCUGUACAAAAUUGUUUGUAUAUUAUUACUUACUGGAAAUACUGUGCGACGAUGCAAUUAAACCAAUCAACGUUGUACUAAACGUCUUAGUCAUGCUGUAAUAAUCUUUAAAAAAAAGAAAAUAAAACUAUUUUUGUUAGCAACCAUCAAUAAAGUCGAAAUAAUUCCCACCACUA